GUAAUGUAACUACUACAUCAGCUUUUAUCUACUGUUGUUCAUAAAUAAUUGAGAAUAUAAUAAUGUUCAAACAUUCAAAAUGAACGGAAGUAUAUUAAUAUUAACACUUUUCAGUUGCUUAUGUUCUGUUUUAUGUGUUAAUAAUGUUACACCUAUCGUGCUGUGGCAUGGGAUGGGAGAUAGUUGCUGCUUCUCCUUUAGUUUGGGGGCACUACAAAAGAAAUUGAAUGAGUCACUACCAGGAGCCCAUAUCGUUUCACUACGUAUUGGUGGAAACAUAAUAGAAGACGUCGAAAAUGGAUACCUCAUGCACCCAGACAGACAGAUUGAGGAAGCUUGCAGUAUAAUUAAAGCCGAUUCUCAGCUUUCCAACGGUUUUAAUGCCAUUGGAUUUUCCCAAGGAGGUCAAUUUUUGCGCGGGUUGGUUCAACGUUGCCCGAUGGCAAAAGUAAAAAAUUUAAUAUCUCUGGGAGGUCAGCAUCAAGGAGUUUAUGGCCUUCCCAAUUGUGGUUCACUGUCACACCCAUCUUGUGAUUAUUUAAGGAGGCUUUUAAAUCACGCUGCUUAUUUCCAUUGGGUGCAGAAGAAAUUAGUUCAAGCCACUUACUGGCAUGAUCCACUCAAUGAAGAUGAAUACAAAAAUUAUAGUUCGUUUUUGGCCGACAUAAAUAAUGAGAGGUCCAUAAACACGGACUACAUAAAAAACCUUCAAAAUCUGGAGAACUUCGUAUUGGUUAAGUUUGAAAAUGAUACCAUGGUUCAACCAGUGGAAACAGAAUGGUUCGGUUUUUACAAGCCCGGACAAUCGGUUAAGAUCGAGACUUUGAAAGAGUCGGCUUUAUUCGUUGAAGAUAGGUUAGGAUUACAGCGCAUGGAUAAUCAAGCGAAAUUACAUUUUCUUGGGGUUCCAGGAAACCAUCUGAGAUUCGAGUGGAAAUGGUUUGACGAAAACAUAAUACAACCGUUUUUAAAAUAAGUUAUAAAAGUUUAUUCUAUUUUUAAACAAUAUACCAAAGUGUAAAUUUUGUAAUUAUGUAUAUUUAA